AAACCAGAGGUCGCUGCAAUUAAUCAAACGCAGAAGAAGUUGGAAGGAGGAAAGUUUGUAUAUUACAAUAAACAUUCGAACGAAGAUUUCAUAUUAAAGAAGAAAGAUGUCAGAAAGGGAUAUAACAAAAAACCCAUUUGCAGCAUUAUUUCCAUCUCCAGAAGAUGCAAAAAACUUUAGAAAUCUUCAGUCUCAGAUAGAAUUAUCUGCACACAAUAAAGAUAAAGGAAAAAGUCAAACUCUUGGCAAUGAAAAUAAUGUGCAACAAUCAAGCCUUCUUCAAAAUAAUAAUUUAACAAAAGCUAUUGAUAAAUUUCAGUUCAAUUCUAUUUGUGAAGAUGUUUUUAGGAUUACUUUAAACAAAGAUUCUGUAACAAGACCGAAAAGUUGCUUGUAUUUAUCUGAAGUUUCGUCUGCUAUACAAGUCCAAUUAUUUGAUUCUGACAAUUUAGAGCAAGUAAUAUUUGAACGUCUGAUGAUUGAUGAUCCAAGCAAGUUUCUUAUUACGUCAUCAGAUGCAGAUGACGACGAUUAUAAUAAAGAGAAAGCCAUUGAAAAACGCAUUAUUUAUUAUCUGUUUGAUUGCUAUUUUAGAUUAAAAGUUCAUCAUACAAAUUUACUAGAAUCUGAUUCAUACAUUUUAGCAUCUGUUAUAAUUUCUGAUGUCUCGACAGCUCUCUGUCAUCCUGAAUUUUUUUCACAUUCAAAUCCACAUACAGAGCUUAUUGAUUUGUUAAUUGAAAAUCAUGUGGAAUCAGGAAAACCAGAGGUUUUGUCAUCAUUUCUUAUUGCUGUAAGCGAUAAUAUUAAAAACAAAUUUGAAAUUGGGGAAGAUGAAAUUGAUUUGAAAUCUGCUUUUUCUCCAUCAUUUCAUGAAUUAGCACAAAGGCUUCUUAGAAUUUCAGUUGUAGAUUGCAAGAUGCUUCUUCAUAUUGGAAUACUUCAGUAUUUUACCAAAUCUGUCAACUUGUCAUUGGCUAUGAUUGAGUACAGCAUUCCAUCUGAUUUGGGCAGUGCUAGAGCAUACCAGAGUAGUUUAUUAGGUGCUCCAUUAAGUAUAUCCUGUUUGCCUCGUAAAGAAACAGAUGGUUACGAUUUUUUUAACACUCCAUCUCUCUACAGUGCACAAGAACACAGCAUUACUGAACAAAAUUUAUGGAUGCCACUUUCCAGUAUUGCUGAAGAAAUGUAUCAAAUAUUUUAUAAUUUGCUGAGGCAGUCACCAGAAACUAAACACAAAUUACUUACGUGGAUUGGCUGUUGUCUUCAAGCAAAUAAUGAUAGAGCAAAACUUUGGAACAAUCAGCUGCCCGAAAUCUUUGGUAUCGUUCAGUCUUCCGACGGAUUCAUGUUGAAUUUUGGUGCUGUUUUACUAAAGCUGUGUAGUCCUUUCAGCCAACCUUUCUCUCCCAAACUUCUAAAAAUCAAUCCAACGUAUUGUGCCGCUCGUGCUUUAAACAAUGAAGAUGCCAGGGAAAGAUCUAUUCACUUAAAAGAUUUAAAUAAAGAAACAUUUGUCAUUCCCUCCGAAGAGAAUGAAUUGCCAGAUGUUCAGAAUACAAAAUAUAACUUUCCUACGGAAUGUUUUUUUGCCACUCACCGUGCUCUUGCUCUGGGAUUUCACGUAGUUCACGAGCGUUUAGUUAAAUUGAGCCAAGAAUUGGGCAGAAUUCAAAGGGUGUAUGAAGAAGCCAGAAUUCAGGGUGGGGAAUCUGCAGAUGUAGUUCAGAGAAUUAAGGAAAACAUGGAUAAAGGAAUGACCAAAUUCUUAUCUGUGAAAGCUGCCCUUCUGGAACCACAGACCUUGGAUUCCAUGCUGAAGUUCCACAUAGCGACUGCCACCUGGUUAAUAAAUGUGGCAACAAAUUUUGAUCACUCGCAGUUUAAAUCUCUAACUCUACCAUUACAGAGUGAAGUACCUUGUCAUCUUCGCACCAUCCCAGAGUUUAUUAUUGAGAAUAUUGCUGAUUGUGUUUUAUUCAUUCAUCGAUUUAGUUCAAAAACAUUUGAGAUUUCUGGAGCAGUUUUGGAUCAUUUGAUUACUUUGGUCCUGGUGUUUAUGGGAAGUCCAGAACGAAUGAAAAAUCCCCAUAUGAGAGCCAGACUGUCCGAAUUAUUAGAAGCACUAAUGCCUGCCAAAGAGGGAGAACAUUAUAAUACAUUAAUACCAUGCGUUUAUAGGGAGCGUUUAUUUAAGGAGCACCCAUACAUUUCGGAGCUUGUACCCACUCUGCUUCACGUGUUCGUCAGCAUCGAAAUGACAGGGCAGAGCGUGGCCUUUGAAGAGAAAUUUCAGUAUCGAAGACCAAUGUAUUUAGUUUUAGAUUACAUUUGGGGCAUUGAUGUACACAAAGAGAAAAUGAAGCAAUUAGCCAAGGAGGCUGAAGAACUGAUCGAAUCGGCUCAUCCUCCAUUGUUUUUAAGGUUCAUCAAUCUUCUAAUUAACGAUGCUAUAUUUUUAUUAGACGAAGCUCUGUCGUACAUGAGCAAGUUGAGAGAGCAGCAACAACAAAGGGACAACGGAGAAUGGGCCUCCCUACCUUCCAUGACACGACAGCAAAACGAGGCAAAUUUUCAGCACAUGGGUCUGUUGGCCAGAUUCCACAACGUCAUGAGCAACGAAACCAUUCACACCCUUCAGUGGCUGACCUCCGAAAUCACCUCCAUUUUCUGUCAUCCCACCAUCGUCGACCGCAUAACCGCCAUGCUUAAUUACUUCCUCUUAAAUUUGGUGGGACCUCAGAAGAAGAAUUUCAAAGUAAAAGAUUUGAGAGAAUACGAAUUUAAACCCCAGGAACUGGUGAGAGACAUCUGUCGAAUAUAUCUUCAUCUGGGCUCGAGAGACACCAAAGCAGCCAGGGCAUUUAAUUUGGCAGUGAGUAGAGAUGGCAGAUCCUACAGCGAGGAACUAUUUCCUCAGGCUCACGCCGUACUGUUGAAAAUCGGGCAAGUAGUAUUAGCCACCAAGUUAGACGAAUUAGCCUCCAAAAUUCGACAACUGGCGAUAGAACAAAGUAGGGAAGAGGAAACGAUGGAAGACGCACCCGACGAAUUCCUAGACCCCAUUAUGAACACAGUGAUGAGAGAUCCGGUCAGACUUCCUUCGUCCGGAAUUUACGUAGAUCGAGCGACCAUCGCUCGUCAUUUAUUGAGCGAUCAGACGGACCCCUUCAACCGCAGUCCAUUGACAAUGGACAACGUGCAACCCGCAGAAGAAUUGAAAGCGAGGAUCGAACAGUGGCUGAGUCAGAAGAGAGGUGUUUGAAUUGUUUGUUGACUCGAAAGCGUUCACUGCCAGUGAGGAUAAUUUGUAAAUGUUACUGUACAUAAGAAUAUUUAAUUGAAAUCAAACGGAUAUAUUGUUGACAAAUAUCUAUCUGUGAUUAAGUUAUCACUUCUUCACGGUGCCCUUAUAUUUAAAUAAACAUCAGUUUUGUUACA